AUUUGCUCUCGGGUUGAAUUAUAACCGUACGUUCGGAGGCGGGGAUUUGGCGGCCCAAGUGCCUGGCAACCCACUGAACACAAUAGACGAGCGUCCAGUCUUCUGGAGCAGAUGUGAGAGAGGACCGCGUUUGAUUGGCCGGUGAGAUUCAAGAUUUACCGGACUAUAAUCAUGUGCAUUCGGCUUUCAGGAAGCAAGAUGAGCUUUAUUCGGAAGGGAACACGUGUGUUUGUAAAGACUGCUGGUGGGACACCUGUCUGAAGAACAUCAGCAGGAGUGUUUUGUUUGGCUUCUGGUGAAUGAAAAAGCGCUGAAAAAUCUAAGAUAUCAACUGCUCGCUCCAUGGGGCUAUUCAGGAAAUCGUCUACCUGUGCUGACCUUCUCCUCCUCCCCUCUAACUUUUUCACACUCCAGCCAAUUAUGACUCAUCACUUAGCCAGAAAUGGCCAUUUAUGGAUUUGUACUAGCCACAGCAAGUGGUAAACCUCUCACUAAUAACCUAUGGAGCAGCCUGACGUCCAUCUUAUCAUCAGAAGCCUUGGUGGAUGCAAGUGGCCGUUUUUAAGCAGAGACAAGAAGGUGGAGUUUUUCUGUUUGGGAUCAAAAUAACGCUCCGUUCCUGGUCUGAUUUCAUUUCUUCGCUUCAGCUGACUUUAUGCUGGACGACAUGGUGCCCAAGAACGUAGACUCAGACGGCGUGGAAAUGCUGCAUGUGGAUUUUGAGCCUGUCAAGUCUUCAGGCAGCAGAUUAAAUGGCGUUAAGAAAAUGGAGGUUUCUGAAAAAUCAGCCAGUAAUGAUUCUGUGGAUCACAUCCCCAAACGCCUGUGGGUCAUGCAUGGAGCUGUCAUGUUCGGCCGUGAGUUCUGCUAUGCCAUGGAAACAGCUCUGGUCACGCCUGUGCUACUACAGAUAGGUCUUCCUGAGCAGUACUACAGUCUGACAUGGUUCCUCAGCCCCAUUUUGGGUUUAAUCUUUACGCCUCUGAUCGGCUCAGCCAGUGACCGCUGUACCCUCAGAUGGGGUCGGAGAAGGCCCUUCAUUCUGGCUCUGUGUGUAGGAUCACUGCUCGGUUUAGCUUUCUUUCUCAAUGGAUCUCUAAUGGGCAUGACUGCAGGCGAUGUUCCUGGUAACCAGCCCAUUGGGAUCAUUCUGACAGUGGUGGGUGUAGUGGUGCUGGAUUUCUGUGCUGAUGCUUUAGAUGGACCAAUCAGAGCCUACCUGCUGGAUAUCGCUGAUGGUGAAGAGCAAGACAUGGCCCUGAAUAUUCAUGCAUUCUCUGCAGGUUUGGGUGGAGCUUUGGGUUACAUGCUCGGAGGUUUGGACUGGACAAAUACCUUCUUGGGACAUGCUUUCAAAGCCCAAGAGCAAGUGCUGUUCUUCUUUGCUGCUAUUGUAUUUAUCAUUUCUGUGGUGCUUCACCUUUUUAGCAUCCAGGAGCGACCAUUCAAAGCUCAUCAGCAGGAGAUAUCUGAGACCGAGGAAGUAGACAGCUCCUCAUCCGUUCAGCUUAACGAGAUCCUUCCUAGGACUCACCAAGUGCCGGGACUGGAUCUUAUUAUUGAAGAGGAUACUUUUGAAGCUUUUGAAGACAAUCAAUCUGAGACAGACAUCCAGAAGGACUUCCUGAAUGUAAUGAGAAGUAAAAGUGACUCUAUUCUUGCUGCACCAGACACUAGUAUUGAGCUUGAUCCAGAUUUGGACCUUGAUGAUCACUUUCUCCACAACGUAGAGCCAGCUUUAUUCCAGGAUUUCCUCUCUGAAAUGCCAUUUGAAUAUUGCCUGAACAGCAGCUGUCAGGCCAAUCAGUGCUUCAAGCUCCCACUCCAGGCAGAUCCUACAAAGGACAAUGAGCACCCUAAUGCUACCAGAGUUCUCAACGGCGACCUUGCUGGGGAUACCAAACCAAAAUGUGACGUGAACCAGCAAAAUAAAGCCGGUAUUCGUCACUCCAGUGCGACAGUCCGCUGUCGGCACCCUUCAUUCUACCGGCAACCUUCCUUUACCUUCUCUUACUAUGGCCGGAUGCGCUUUCAUCGGAUUCGGCGGCACAUCGAUUCAGCUCGCCCGAUCCAGUCAUCACAAAGCCUGAACGACAUUGACAAGAUAGCAAGACCGCAGGAGCGUCGUAAGCUGCAGAAAAGAGGUAGCGCAUCAUCUGGAGCGGACGAAGAAGACGACGGUGAGAGUGAAGAAGGAGAAGGAAGUGGCACUACUGUGAAGCUGCUUUGGUUAUCCAUGUUGAAAAUGCCUCCACAGCUCUGGCGCCUGUGUGUGUGCCAUCUUGUCACUUGGUUCUCCAUUAUCUCCCAGGUUGUUUUCUAUACUGAUUUCAUGGGGCAGGUCAUUUAUGAAGGAGACCCAACGGCUGCUGCAAACUCGACUGCACUUCAAAGCUACCAUAAGGGAGUACAGAUGGGCUGUUGGGGGCUAGUAAUCUAUGCUGCCACUGCUGCCAUCUGCUCAGCUGUGCUUCAGAAGUACCUUGACAACUAUGACCUGAGCAUUAAAAUCAUCUACAUGCUGGGAACUCUAGGCUACGCUGUUGGCCUGGCUGUAAUGUCCAUCUUCCCCAACGUCUAUGUCGCCAUGAUAAUGAUAAGCAGCAUGGGAUUAAUUUCUAUGAGUAUAUCGUACUGUCCUUAUGCUCUGCUGGGACAGUACCAUGAGAUCAAAGAGUACAUCCGCCAUAGUCCAGGUAACUCUCGCCGAGGCUUCGGUAUCGAUUGCGCCAUUCUGACAUGUCAGGUUUACAUUUCUCAGAUUUUGGUGGCGUCAGCGCUCGGGGCAGUUGUGGAAGCCGUAGGCUCGGUGAGAGUCAUCCCAAUGGUGGCUUCAGGGGGCUCCUUCAUUGGAUUUCUUACUGCUGCAUUCCUUGUGACUUACCCGGACACAUCUGAGGAUGACGAUGAUGAAGACGAAAAUGAUCAAGUCCCAAGUACAACCUGAGUUUGUUGAUGAUUAACAGACCAGGGUUGCCUUCGCUAUGUGCAAAGCUGAUGCUAAGGAGCUUUGGCUGAGUAAUAGAGGCUGAAUCAUAAACGUCACUUUUUCACUGUGAAUAGUUUGAAGUGUACUACAAAAUCAAAGCAGAUUUCACUGCUCCAAAAUGGUCAUAAAGUGCCUGAGGAGUGCAACCAUUUCAGUCUACCAUGAUAAUAUCCAGGCAUCAUAUAGCAUGUAAACAAGCAUAAUGUAGCUUGUGUAUGUGCUAUAUGAUGCCUGGAUAUUAUUAUGAUUGACUGAAAUGGUUGCACUCCUCAGGCACUUUAUGACCAUUUUGGAGCAGUGAAAUCUGCUUUGAUAUUAUCAAAUUAUUAGAAUAAUAAUAUUUAAAAAAGGUACAGAAAACAGCUGUGUUACUCCUGUCAUUGUGCUGUAAAAAAAGUACUUUAAUCUGAAUGGUACAAAAUAUUAUCCAAGUUUUCUCUUGGAUAACAGUAUUAUCCAGAAGUCCUAAGCUUCACAUUGACCAGUUUUACAUCAUUCCACUUAAGCGGUUUUCUACUGCCAUGAUGAUGAUGAUGGUCAUGUAGAUGAAUGUACAUUCUAACAUGUAGACGGAGUUCCUUUAUUCCACACAGCCCUGCAAGAGUUGCUUUUGCAUGAACAACAAAUCACGAAGGCUUGACUUUACUGAUUUACGAAGUUUGUACUGUAUCAUACUACAUAGUUUGCACAUUCAUAUUUCAGUUGUUUUACCGAUAUGCUGGAUUACCAUUAGUGCUUGAAACAGAAGCACUCAGGGGAAUGUCUCUCGCUCUCUCGCUCUCUAUCUAUCUAUCUCUCUAUCUAUCUAUCUAUCAGGUGCUGCGCGAAUAGGUUACUUGUAUACAGUCUUAUCUAUGCACAAUUGGGGAAAAAAAAGUCAAUAUAAGGAAUUACGUUUUUUUAGAGGAUCACCAUAGUUGGUACACUUUUUUUUUUUUUUUAUAAAUAAAGUUUUUGGGAUCAAUUGUGUACGUGAAGUGAAAUCACAUGUUCAACUACUUUUUCUAUUCUGUUUUAAUACCAUGGCCUGAGAUUAACAUUGAUACAUGGCAUUUAGCCAUGCCUUGUCAGAAAAUGACUGCUGUUCCAGUUCUCUGUAUUUUUUUUUUUUUUUAUGAUCAUUUUAUGCAAUCCUGUUUACCAUAGCUGAUCUAGGACUAGGUUUGUUUGUCCCCCUUUAUAAUGGUUAAAGAUCUUGUUUCAGUGCUCUCACUACAUGUAAAUCUUGUAAUAUUUUGCUGAGAGACCGUUUCUGUUUUUGUCAGGUAUUUGGUUUUGCCAGCAUCACUUGAAUUUUGAUCAUUUCAGUGGAAUUGCUUGAAGAUAUUCAUAGCAACAUGGCAUUAAUUGUGUUUGUUAAAGCAAAUAAAUAACUUUAUCCCAUUUUUGGUUCUUGAGAUUUAGCUUAUUAUUAUUAUUAUUAUUAUUAUUAUUAUUAUAUAUUCUGGAAAAUCAUUGUAUUGUACUGCUGUGAAAGUGACUUCUUUGGUACUGUGUGGACCAACUUGCCUGUUUUACAGUUUUUGGUGUUUUGAUAAUUUGUACAACAAUUUGGAUACAGAACAAAGUGUGUAUAAACCUGA